AUGCCCCCACUUUCUCCCUCUCCCUCUCCCUCUCUCCCCCCCUCUCCCUCUCACUCUCCCUCUCCCUCUCCGUCCCCCCCUCCCUCUCACUCUACCUCUCCCUCUAUUUUUGUCCAGGCGGCACCACCAACAGCAGCAGCAGGCACAGCACUAGGCGCAGUAGCAGGCGCAGCAACAGGCGGCGCAGCACAAGUGGAAGAAGCAGCAGCCACUCGUGACCCUUCUAAUGCUCCUGUAGAAUUAACAGCAGCAGACGCAGCAGCAAUAGCUCCAGAGGAGCAGCAGCAGUAG